UAGAGGUGCCAUGUCUGAGACCGCUCCCGUUGCCGCGCCCGAUGUGGCUGCCGCCGCUCCGGCCCCGGCCAAGCCUGCCGCCGCCAAGAAGCCGAAGAAGGCGGCGGGCGGCUCCAAGGCCCGCAAGCCCGCGGGCCCCAGCGUCACCGAGCUGAUCACCAAGGCCGUGUCCGCCUCCAAGGAGCGCAAGGGGCUCUCCCUCGCCGCGCUCAAGAAGGCGCUGGCCGCCGGCGGCUACGAUGUGGAGAAGAGCAACAGCCGCAUCAAGCUGGGGCUCAAGAGCCUCGUCAACAAGGGCACCCUGGUGCAGACCAAGGGCACCGGCGCCUCGGGCUCCUUCCGCCUCAACAAGAAGCCUGGCGAAGUGAAGGAAAAAGCCCCCAAGAAGCGGGCCGCCGCGGCCAAGCCCAGGAAGCCGGCUGCCAAGAAGCCCGCCAGCGCCGCUAAGAAGCCCAAGAAGGCGGUGACAGCAAAAAAGAGCCCCAAGAAAGCCAAGAAGCCGGCAGCUGCCGCGGCCAAGAAAGCGGCCAAGAGCCCUAAGAAGGCGACUAAGGCUGCUAAGCCGAAAAAGGCGGCGGCAGCCGCGAAGAGCCCGGCCAAAGCGAAGGCGGUGAAGCCCAAAGCAGCCAAGCCCAAGGCGGCCAAGCCGAAAGCGGCUAAGGCGAAGAAGGCGACCCCAAAGAAAAAAUAAAUGGUGCUGAAAAAAUCCCGUCUGUCUUGCAGAUAAACCCAACGGCUCUUCUAAGAGCCACCCAAA